UCCGAUAGAGACUGGAUCUCAGCGUGAAACCACUUAAGACUAACAACCGUUUAUUGGAUUGUAGUUUGUAGAUAUUAUUUUGUCUUUAUUUGUGUUUGUCUUGAACCUGUCAAAGGUUAAUCAUGGCAUUUCUGAUCUGCCUGACUGUACUGACAACAGCCGUCAUCACACAGGUGACUGCUAGCUGCCCAGCAGUGUGUGACUGCCCUGGAGAGCCCCUGAUUUGCCCUCCAGGAGUAAGCACUGUGCCAGAUGGAUGUGGGUGCUGCAAGGUGUGCGCUGCACAGCUUAACCAGGACUGCAGCCCCAUGAGGCCUUGCGACCACCACAAAGGGCUGGAGUGUAAUUACGGCAACGAUGUGACCAUGGCCUGGGGCAUCUGUCGAGCAAAAUCAGAGGGACGCACAUGCGAGUACAAUGGCAGGAUCUAUCAGAAUGGUGAGAGCUUCCGUGCCGGCUGUAAACACCAGUGUACCUGCAUCGACGGGGCUGUUGGCUGCGCUCCUCUCUGUACCAACAAGCUGCCACCUGCCUCUCCAUCCUGCCCAUACCCACAGCUGGUCAGGGUACCCGGGCAGUGCUGCUUCAGCGUGGACUGCCAUAAGGGCACCUGGCAGCUCCCACCUAAGCAUCAGGUGCUUCCACCACAACAACAACUGCCCAGACGCCAGCACCAUCCUGCUCCGCACCAGCCUGCUCCGCACCAGCCUGACAAUGAGCUGGUCAAUGAGUUCACAGACGUGAAGUCCAGCGGCUGGGAGAGUGAACAUGGCUACAAGCACCUGCCUGUGUGGAACCAUCUGAAGGAGAAGAAGUGCCCAGUCCAGAUCACUGACUGGUCCCAGUGUUCCCGCAGCUGUGGGAUGGGCGUUUCUUCUCGCAUCACCAACAAGAAUCCUCAGUGCAAGCUGGAGAGAGAGACGAGAAUCUGUACGGUACGGCCAUGCCACGGCCUAACAGUCCCAGCCAAGAGAGGGAAGAAGUGCUCCCCGACCCAGAAAGCCCCAGAGCCCAUCCGCCUGUCCUACGGAGAAUGUGUGAGUGUCCGCCUCUACCGGCCCAACUACUGCGGUGUGUGCACAGACGGACGGUGCUGCUCGCCACGCCGCACACGCACCGUCCCCGUGACCUUUGUCUGCCCAGACGGUGAGCGUUUCCAGAGGUCUGCCAUGUUCAUCCAGUCGUGUAAAUGCAGCGACGACUGUGGUCACCUCAAUGAAGUGGCCCUCCCUCCACAGCAGUGGAUGUACGGAGAUACACACCAAUUUAUAGACUAGUACUGAGGAGGAUUUUUUUUAUUUUAUUUGAAUGUGAUGAGGUCAAGUUUCUUGAUGAAGAAAGACACUUCAGGACUAGGGGCCAUUUUUCUCAUCUGGCUCUAAGUGAGUGAAGACCAGGAGCGCCUUUAUUCUCAAUCAUAAAGGCAACCCUUUAUUGUGAUCUUAUUAUAUGACCGGAGCAGAUUGUACACGUGCCCGCUCCUGUUCAAACAGACAUGGGACCUAAAUUAGAGCCCUGAAGCACCCCUUGACUUCCUCCACUCUGGACUGAUUGCUAGUUCAGGUGUGGGUGGAUGAAUUUUUUUUUUUUUUUUGACACCCUCAGAUCUGCCUGAGAGGAGAAACACUACAAGAGCAACAAAGCACUUUGUUUAGCACUGAGAUUUGGGAACUACGACAGCAGUGCACAAGGAUCACUUCACCUGCCAACAGCAGCCUCACAUACCGUCAUGACUCCAUAUCCCACAAUGCACUGUGACAAAUCGGUGACAACAAGCAAAAUAAUCUUUUGCAGCUUUAUGUAGAAAGAAAAUAGACUUUUUUUUAUUUUAAAAUGUGUAAAAUCAGCAUGUCAUGAACAUAAGCACAGACUGCAUGAUGGUGCCUUUUAUUGGCACACAAGCCAUUUAUAUCUACACACAGCAAUGAAUGACACGGUUCCUCUUUAACUCACAGACUGUUCAAAUGAUAAGGAACGCUAUCUGGAACUGACACAAGCGUUCAGACAGGACUGGACCAAUGCCAAUUGAUUUCUUGUUUGUGCAUUAAAUGCAGCGUAGAGAAAUGUCUUACAACCCUGUAUUUGAGAAUUUACUUUGGAUCACACUGUAAUCUGUAAAUAUAUUUUCUUUAUUUGGAUCCAAGUUUGUCUUUUUGUCACAUUUGUACACUUCUGUGGCUCAAGUGUAGCUGUCACAUGUUUUUGGUGGUCCAUCCAUGUGAUAAAAAGCCGUUUCCUGCCCCAAA